GUGGCUAGCAAUGCAAUUAAAACGCAGGGUCGGGGGGCGCUCCGGUGGAGGCGCGCGGCGUCCACGGGAACUUCGAAUGCGUGGCGGGUCUCACUCGGCCUCGGCGAGGUCGACGGCCCCGCGCUCGCCCAUCGCCUCGGCCGCGACGGCGCCGGCCUCGGCCGCGGGCGGCGCGCCGCCCUCCUUCUCGGCGGCGGGCGCCACCUGGGCCGGCAUGACGUCCUUCACCUUGACGCAGCAGCCGAUCUUGGGGUAGAGCAUGAGGCCGUAGAGGACGAACGUCUUCGGGACGUCGUCGGCGCACGGCAGCGCGAACUCGCUGACCAGGCAGCAGCACAUGCGCGACGUGCUGCGGCAGGCGCACUCCGGAUCCUUGAAGUAAUGGGUUUCGUAACAGCAACCGCAGCACGUCGCGUCGCAGACAAUGCGGUCCUUCUUCUUCGCCAGCGCCGCCUCGCCGGGGAAGUAGUGGUCCACGGUCUUGCAGCAGCCGAACUUGGGGAUGAUGGCGCACCCGGGGAGGAGGGUACACAUCCGGGGGACGUAGUCGAGCUCGCCGCACAGCACGUAGUCGGACGCGCAGCAGAGGCACUCCGACUCGCCGGCGCCGCAGACCGUGGGGGCCGUGUCGAGGUACGUAUUGUCGCAGCAGAGGCCGGAGAUAAUGAUGUAUUCGCUUUUGUCCAUGUUAGGUGGCAGGAAUUGGUGGAGCGCUGGGCUGGGCUGGGCUGGGCUAGGUGGCAGACGCAAAGGAGGCCGUGCACGAGGUGGCGAGGGUGGCCGUGGUGGCACCGGUGUGGCUGGUUUAGCAGCGGGCAGCAAGGGCACCGGACGAAACCGGUCGCGUUGGGUACA